CAAAACAAACAUUUGAAUAUUCAUUUCGGAAGUUUAAUACUAAAAACUAAUUAAUAUUUUUACGAAUUAUGAAUGGAAUUUUCAAUAAUAUAAUGUACUUAAAGACCUUGAUGAGUCAAUUUUAUGGGUGGAGACCAAUUAAAAUAUAAUUAUGUGAUCUAUUUAUUUCCAAAAUUUUUUUCCUAAAUUCACUAAGUGAAUAAACGAUAUAUCCAAGUAAAUAAGAGAUUUAAGUAAGUUGGUAAGCAAAUUUUAAAAGUUAAUUUAAAUCGUGAUUUACACGCAGAUUUCCCAUUUAGCUGAACAGGAUAAGAAGUUGUUGACAUAUUAAUUUUCUAAUAAUAUCAAUAUGCCAACAGUGACUAAUGAAUCAUGUAUUGUAACGUUUAUUCAGUGGUUUUGGAGAAGAAUUAGAAGUUUUUUCCUUUCAGCCUUUACAUUUCGAUCUUCUGAGAAAUUAGAUAAAGGCAAUAAGGAUUCUUCAGAAGAAUAUGUAGAGGGUGUAGUAUGCAAUGUUAAUGAUUUACAAGAAAAUGAAUUAAAGGCGGUGGAUUUAAAUGACAGAAAAGUACUGUUGGUUAAACAAAAAGGUGUAAUAAGUGCCAUAGGAGCAAAAUGUACCCAUUACGGCGCUCCUUUGGUAUCCAGUGCCUUAGGGGAUGGAAGAGUGCGUUGUCAAUGGCAUGGUGCUUGCUUCAAUAUCCUAACAGGUGAUAUAGAAGAUUUUCCAGGAUUAGAUUCGUUACCUUGCUAUAAAGUUACCAUAGAAAACGACAAAGUUAAAGUUAGAGCAAGAAAAUCUGAGUUGAGCUCGAAUAAAAGGACCAAAGAAAUGGCGAAGAGGGAUUUGAAGGAUGAUCGACACAUUGUUGUUAUCGGAGGAGGUCCAUCUGGAGCUACUUGUGUGGAAACACUUCGGCAAGAAGGAUUUACUGGCCAAAUAUCAUUUGUUUGUAAAGAAAAGGUUUUACCUUAUGACAGAGUUAAAGUCAGCAAAUCUAUGGACUUUGAUAUCGAAAAAUCAAUAUUAAGAGAUGAGACGUUUUACAAAACGCACAAUAUUGAUGUUGUUAAAGGUGUUGAAGCUACUGCUGUCAAAACUGACGACCAUAAUGUUAUUUUGAGUAAUGGAAAAACGUUAAAAUACGAUAAACUUUAUAUAGCAACAGGAUCUAAUGCUAAAAAAUUGAAAAUUCCUGGUUCAGAUUUGAAAAAUGUUAUCGUUCUGAGAAACGUCGAUGACGCUAAAUACACACUUUCUCAACUGUCAGAAGAUAAAGAAGUAGUAGUUUUGGGUAGCAGCUUUAUAGCUAUGGAGGGCGCCAAUUAUUGUCAAAAUAAAUCUAAAAAAGUAACAGUAAUAUUUAGGGGAGAACUACCCUUCCAACCGCUUUUGGGUCCUGAAGUUGGAAAAGCAUUCAUGAAGUUAUUCGAAGAAAAAGGCGUACACUUCAUAACGAAAAACACAAUAACGGAAAUUAGAGAUGAUGGCAAAGGAAAUGUAACAGAGGUUGUUUUAAAAGAUGGUUCGACACUGAAUGCUGAUAUUGUAAUAAUGGGGGUAGGCAGUACCCUCGCUACAGAAUUUUUGAAAGAAUCCGGCAUCGAAAUCCGUCCUGAUGGUUCCAUAGAAACUGAUGAAUACCUACAAACUAAUAUUCCUGAUGUUUUAGUUGGUGGUGAUAUAGCUUAUGCUCCUGUAUGGUCACACAAUAAUCAGAAAGCUUCUAUAGGACAUUAUCCUUUAGCUCAUUAUCAUGGAAGAAUAGCAGGAUUGAAUUUAUUGGAUAAGAAAACUCCUCUAAAAGCCGUGCCUUAUUUCUGGACUAUGCUUUACGGAAAGGGUAUUAGGUAUGCUGGUCAUGGCGAUUAUGAUGAAAUUAUCUAUCAUGGUGAUGUGUCUGGAUUCAAAUUUGUUGCUUUUUAUAUAAAAGAUGGUGUUGUUGUGUCCACAAGCUCUUGUGGAAUGGAUCCUGUAGUGUCCCAGUUCGCUGAACUAUUGGCACAAGGCAAAACUUUAACCAAGGAAGAUCUUAAAGGGGAUGAUCUUUUAGCAUGGAGAUCGUGGAUUGUUCCUAAAUAAGUAAAAACUAGUCAGAUGUUGUUAUUUGAAUGUAUGUAAAAAAGAGAAAUAAGAGCAAAAUGAACAUUUAAUCCUUCCAUAAAAUGCUUAGAAAUAUGAAAUUAUUAAGAGCUUUUAAUGUAUAUUAAAGUCAAUUUUAACAUCAGACUGAUAUGUAAAAUAUAUUAAUUUUUUUCAGCCUUUAUUUCUCUUACAAGUCCGUUAUUUUUGUCAGCAUUUAUAAAAAAUAUGCUUAUUUCUUUACAGUAUUUUCAUAUACAAUUGUAUUGUUGAUAACAAUGUAUUAUUUUAUUAAAUAUAUUAUAUAACUAUGUGCAGUUAA